UGCCGCUGUUCACUGCAACUGCUCGGUUCGGAUUCGCUCCUGCUCUUUUAACCGUUAUCCGGGGCAGCUUAUAUCCGGAAAUAUCCCGCGUAUCCGAAAGAACUUCGUGUAAUUUACCUAAUCACAGGUAAAAUCCGAUCGUGCCGAAAUCUAGUGAAAAUUUACUAGAUUAACUAAGUUAGAGCACGAUUGGUCUACCAAACUUGUCGGUUAACUUUCCAUUGAUUAGCUGGAAACAUUAAUCAUCCGCCAUGGCCAAUCAAUUGUUUUUCCUGAGCUUGGCGGACAUAUUUUCCGUGUAUCCGGCAAUUUUCAAGGAACAGAGCAAGAAGCUAAAGAAGACCAAGCAGAUAUAUCUGCCCAGCGAUGAGGAAUGGCAGGACAAGAUGUACUACAUGUUGUUGGAGAUCCAGCGCCAUGUGAACGACUCCUCCGAUGAUACCAUAUCCCUGCACGAAAUCAACAAGAAGGAAAAGCCCAUGUUCGAUCCGUUGCGUAUUACCAAGAUCAUAUCGCCUGGUGUGAGUCCCAAUGGACGUCGAAGCAGGGCCCUGAAAUACUGUCAUUCCACCACCGUCAAGGUUAAGUUGAAGACCGGAGCACGCUGGUCUUUGCCCACCAUUGCCAAUGCCGCCAAACUCCUCCGCAAAACACCGAUUCUGGUGGACUUUCAAAAUGAGCAUGAUAUGCGAUUGGCCUUUUCCUUAAUAUACGAUGUCUUUCGAUACAAGGUUGUAAUGUCAAAUGCUUUGAGCGACGUCUGCUUUUUUGAGAAACAUCCAGAGCACAAAAGCGACGAACAACGUAUUUGGCUAAUGCUCUUCGAACUGUACGAUCGUCAGUUUAAGGGUCGGAACUCCGAGGAAAAGGAUUUACAGGCUAGUCUUUACAAGGAGUGCGAAGUUACUGAACUCGCGGAGGUCCUCUGGCAACAUCGCAUUCGAUUGGCAGCCUCGAUUUCCCGGAUGAGGAUUCAGGUGGGAGCUCUUCGUCUCUCACAACUUCUUCCCAUCCAUCUUCAGAAUGAAAAGGUAGCCAUUGCAGCUGCGAAUCCUGUGGUCACCGGUUGGAUUAAUCCUUUUUUAGUGAGAAAUAAGGAAGAAGCGGAUAAGAUCCUUACCGAUAUGGGCUUUACUGUCCACGGACCCGACGAUGAGGAGCAACUUAUGGUGCAGCACUGUAAAUGGGACAAUAUCUGUCCUUUGGUCAUAUCCUGUAUUCCCAAGGACCGCAGUGAAUUCACCAAAUCCCCGCUAAUGACUAAGCAUUACUUUAUAAUGCAGGACAAGAAUUUUACUUUUGGCCCGGCCAUUAUGUCCAAGUUGAUGGACUACUUUGAACUAGAUGGCGAUAUAUUGCAGACACAUAUAGGUUCACCACGAUCCACUGCAUAUUUGGCUGCUCUUUUCUACUCCAUCAAUCGGGUGAACAACUUCUAUGUUUAUGGAGCCGGUGCAAAUCUCAAGGAGUACCGUCGCUAUAUGGAAUCCAUUGGGGUAAAUAAUAUCCGUCUGUUUGGCGAUGCCUUCACCUCGUUUCCCAUGGAAUCAAAUCGAUUUCGAACGGUGGUGGGAAUUUUUGCCACUCCACCGAACUCCUUUAGUGCCAUUUCGGAUCCCAUCGAUUUGAUCUGCUCGAGGGGCGGAGAUCUGAGUAUGCUGGAGGUCCUCACCGAAUCCGAGGUCAGCGACGAGGGUCGCCAGCGGGUGGCCAUGAUCCUUGAAGAGCAGCUGCUGACCCUCACCAUGUCGAUGUCGCGACCCCAAGUACAGUUUGUUCUGUACCAGACGCACUCCAUUGUGGGCACUGAAAACGAGGAUAUGGUGCAGCAUGUCCUGGAACUGAUCAAUAAGUUGGCUUUGGAAAAGCAUCGCAAUGCCUACAGGGAGCUGAAGCGUUUGGAGGCCAUAGCCGAGGCGGAGGCAGCUAAUAUUCCAUCUGCUGCGAUGACCAAAGAUUCGCCCAGAAAGAAGGAUAAACCCUCGGCACAACCGGAAGUUCCAGCUCCAGGAACGCCAGCUUCAUUGGCUCCUCCUUUGCCGAGAGUGGAUAGCAUAGACCUGAUAGUAACCCCCGACAUUGAUGAGUUUGUGCAGGAUACAGUGCCAGAUAUAUGCAUCAAUCAGGAUAAUUGCAUCAAACAGCAGGUUACCGGAAGUUAUUUAUCCCUAGUGCGCCGAAAAACUUUAACACAUCUGAAUGAAAAGUACCUAAUUCGACGGGCGGAACAGAGAGGACUCUUUGGCAAGCCUGAAAAGGAUUCCAAGGAUAAGUCGAGGCCGAAGACUGUGAAACUCCAGGAACAGCAAUCGGAACCAGCGCCCCAGGAUAUGGGCUAUGAUCAGAGGAACUCCGCUCAUCGAUCCAGUGCCCAGCAAAUUCUCCAGCGCCUGCAGCGAUCGACGAGCGCCAGUGCGAUCCGUUCGCACCUGACCAAGGUAUCAUCGACAUACCGGCGACCCAUCGCCUUCAACUUUAUUCGGCGCGAGUGCAAGCGGUUCUACGUUUUGCCCGUCUAUAUGCACAGCACCAAGCAGAGCAUUCGAUUAUGGUGGCAAUAUGCCUACAAAUGCGUCACUCCCGCCGCCUCGGCCAAUGCCGUCUGGAAUCCGAAUCUCAAAUUUAGGCUCUAUUGCAGCCGGCAGUUGCGCAUCCGGAAAUUGAGACGUGGUCCGUGGUCCAGGAGGCAGCCACUCCGGUUGCAUAUCAAUGACAUCAAGCUGUUGUGCCAGGUGCGCAGGCGAAGUAAAUAAAUCGAUUAUGGUUUGUUUAUCAAGCCCUAUAGGGAAGGUCUAGACUCUAGACGAAAUUCCAUUCCACAGAAGACUCUAGUUGAAAUUCACACUUUGAAAUCUUACCGCCGUUUGAGGGCAUUGCCAUCCAUGGCGAAUUUAUCGAUAAAUCAAUACCAAUCAGUGUUGAAUAAGGAAAAAAGAAAACUUUUUAAUAUUAUAAUUACUUAAUCCUUUUAAAAUAUAUAUUUCAUUUCAAGCAUAUCUUCUUUUUAUAUUUUAGUAUCAAAUUAUCAUUUUAUAUUGCAAAUGUAUGAAUUAUAAAGCAGAUCAGAUCCUAACAUCACUAAGCAUCAAUAAACUAUUUAAUUAAAUAGACUCCAUCCUGACAAAUAAGUU